CCUUGACCUUGUUGACUAGUCAUGUUAAUUUCAUGAGAUUAUUUUAAAACGGUGAUCGGGAAAUUCAGCUGGAAGGACACGUCAUGCACGUCAUGGUUACAAUGGUCAAUGAUCGAUGGUAGACAUGAAAGGUGUAAAAAUGGACAAAAAAGCACCUAACAGAUCAAAAUUUGUAAUUCAUCAGUAAUGGCAAGUUCAUCAUCCUCAGCAGUGCCAGGGUCAUGUCUGACAAAUUAUGCAAGAAUAGGCCAUGCAGCACAACAGCUGUUUCCAGAUAUUCUCCAGGAACUGAUCACAAUUAAAGAACCUCCUCAUUGGUUAUCGGCCGAUGUCAACACAAACAAGUACCUGGCAAAAAACUUACAUCCCCCUGAUUUAUUAUUGAUAAACCAUGUUGCGACAAAGGGGUAUGCAAACUUCGACAUACCAUUUAUUUACAAAUUAAUAAGACAUUUAAAUCUGGUACCUCCACCUACAUUAGGAUGGGCCCAUCCUACUGCUCCCUGUCCAACAGAAGUCACACCAGGAGAUGACAUUGAAAGAAUUAGAAGAUUCAGAAAUGAAACUCUUCACAGAGGUAAUGCACAAGUCACAGAUACAGAAUUAUCUCAGAUCUUUACACAGUUUAAGGAGAUUGCUGGCAGACUAGAGACCUACAUGGGAAAACAAACAGGAGAGUUUGUGGACAAGUUUGUGGAUUUAGAAACGUGCUGUAUGGAUAAGGAAACAAGUACCAUGUAUAUAGAGAGGCUUGAAAGGUUAAAGAAAAGUGAUGAAGAUUGUAAAAAAAGAUUGAGUGCACUUGAAGAAGAUGUUGAUGCACUGAAAGAGAAAAAUUCUUAUACAACACAUUUACUUGAUACCAUGGCAACAGAAAUACCCAGUGAAGAAUCAAAUUAUAUAAAGAUAAGUCUUCUUAUACUAAAAAUCUCACAACGUGCAGUUCGACUCAAGUUUGAUACAGAGUUCCAUCCUGACUGCUUACAAGAAACUCUCAACAGAAGUAGUGGCAAACUGAGAGAACUUCAAAUGAUGAACAGAAUAAAUCAGCACCAGUGGACAUUGUUAUUUCCUUCAAAAGGUACCCCAUCAUCUGAAAAGUACGACAUUACACUUAUGAUAAAUUUGAUCAGAAAUCUGACGGACAUACAGAUCAGCAGUAAACUUCCCUUACCUUCACAAGUCAGUGUUGGUGAUGAUCUAUCCAGGAUACAGUAUUACAGAAAUAAAAUUGCUCACAUGGACAGUUUUAUGAUUGAGGAUGAUGAUUUCAAUAUUUACUGGGAGGAUAUAGCACAGGCUUUGCAUCGACUAAGUGAUGGAUCGUUUAACGAGGAAAUUAUUGAAUUGAAGGAAUGGCAAAUUUUUGAAUCACAAAAGUCAAAUAGUCUACGUCAUAUACAAAUGGAAAACAGACUUGCAGCUGUUGAAGAGCAGCUUGUAGCAGUAACAGAAAGAAUGAUGUCGCUUGAACUACAACAGAAUGACCCUAUACCUAAAAAUAUCAAAGAUUUGUAUGAGAAGGAAAUUAAACGUUGGGUAGAAGACAAGGAAAAGUUCUUUGAAACUGCAGCCGCCAAGAAGAUAUUAAGUUUUGUAAUUGGAAAUUUUGUCACCGUCAUAGCUGGUAGUUCUGGAAUGGGUAAAACAGCCACUUCACAUCAUAUUGCAUUACAUUUACAACAACACGAAGGGUACCAGAUUUUGCCAAUGUCUGACCCAAAGGACAUUGAAAAAUAUUAUACAAAGGGACUUGCACAAAUAUUUGUUUUUGAUGAUUUAUGUGGAGUUUUCAAUGUUGAUCAGCAUUUGAUUAACUCUUGGGACAGAGUUUCUAGUCAGAUAGAAAGAUUUUGUAAGGAAAAUAAACAUUUUCGAAUCCUUGUUACUUGUAGAUUACAGAUAACAAAAAGUCCACAGUUUGAAAAGUUAUCUGACAAGUUAAAUAUGAAAGAAUGCAAUUUGCUUUCAAAAGAUUUGGCUUACAAAAAUAGUGAAAAACUGAAAAUUGCCUCUUGUCAUAUGGAUCAAGAACACGUGCAUAAACUUAGCAGGGAGACCAUCAGUGGCCUGGACAUGUUUCCAUUUCUUUGUGAUUUUUUUGGUAAAUCUGAUGACAAAGAUAUGAAAAUGUUUGAAUGCCCUAUUCAAUAUUUUGAAGAACAGUUUGAUCAGAUGCAGUAUCAAGAUGAGGAGAGUUUCCUGGGACUUGGGUUGCUUGUUAUUUACAAUGACACAAUAAAAAUAAAUUUCUUCAAAGAUGAGAGUAUAGACACAGAGUUCAAGAAGAUCUUUAAAGAAGUCUUUGAAAGUUUAGAAUUAUCAAACCGUCCUUCGAAAUUGCAAGUCCUUAGGAAAUUAGACACCUUAAUUGAUACUUACAUUGACAAAAAUGAAUCAAUAAUAACUAGUAAACAUGGCAUAGUUUUUGGUUUACUUUCUUUAUAUUUUGGAAAGAAAAUGACAAAAACUCUAGUGAAAUAUGCUACACCAGAUUUUAUUUCAGAUAGAAUUCAGUUUGAAUCUUUAAAAGAAGAUCAUGAUGAAUAUACAAUUAUGAUACCUCCAUGCUUGGAAAAUUUGUACUUUCAUCGCAUGGAAGUGGAGAUAAUACAUAAGAAUUUUUACAAUGUAUUCGGGAACAAACAAUCCCAUUUUAAAACAUAUCAAGAAAAAUUUACUGAUUUCUUUUCUAAGAAGAAAGAUAUUUUAGAAAUAUUAUUGCGCAAUAGGUGGCCUAUUUAUCUUUCAUCCAUGUAUGGAUGUAGCAUUGUUGUACAAUUUUUGUUGGAACAAAGAACUGCACCAGAUUUUAAUCAUGAAGAUGAAGAUGAAAGCAGCUUUGAAAUAUAUGUGGAAGACAGUGAUGAUGAAUAUAAUGACCUUGCUUUGGACAAUUACAAAAUCAGGCUUACAAAUGCUCCCUUAGUAGAAGCAUGCACAGAGGGCCAUUUGCAGAUAGUUCAAUCUCUUGUCCAAUAUGGAUAUGAUAUUGAUGGUGUUCUUUGCCCCUUGUUUGCUGCAUGUCAUAAUGGCCAUACAGACAUCGUGAAUUUUCUGCUUACCUGUAAUUGCAUAGUUAAUACAAAAAAUCGACAAGGUCAAACAGCCCUUCACGGUGCGUGUAUGAACGGCAACAUCGAAAUUGUUUUAGCACUAUUAGAAAGAGGUUGUUGCAUAAACGAACAAAAUCAUCGCAAAGAGACCCCUUUAUUUAAUGCUUGCAAGCAUGGUUAUCUUGAUAUUGUGAACAUUCUCCUGAAAUUUAAUUCUGGUAUUAAUAUAUGCAACUACUUCAGUGAAAACUUUCUGCAAGCAGCUUGUAAAAAAGGUCGUAAAGAUAUAGAUGAAGUAUUGAUAAGAAAUAGAUGUGAUAUUAAUAUAGUAAACCUUUUUGGCCAAACAGCACUGCAUGAGGCUUGCUCUUCAGACUACACUCAAGUCUCAGAUGAAGAGGAUGAUAAUUGUUCUAGUGAAGGUGAAGAAGGUGAUACUUGGUCAAGUGAAGAUGAAGAAGAUGGCAUUCAGUAUGAUGAACAUAAAGUUGAAAAUGGCAUUAAUAUAAUUGAUUAUAAAAUUCCAGACAGCAUUGAAACGCUUCGAAAAGGCAUUGUGGAAAUGUUGUUGCACAAUAAUGUAGACUUGUGUAUUGCUGAUUGUUAUAACAAAACUGCACUUCAUUGUGCAGCUCAAAGUGGCUAUCCAUCAAUAGUGGAUGUUUUGUUACAGAUAUUGUUUGAAAAAAAUAAGAUGGUAUUGGUAAAUGAAGAUAAACCAAUUAAUAUUGAAAAAGAAAUCAUCCCACCCCUUUUUUGCUCAAGUAGUAAAAGUGUUAUACAUGUGUUUGUACAACAUAACUGUAAUAUACAUGUACGUGAUUCCUUAGGUCGAAAUGCUUUACAUUAUGCAAGUGAACGCAGUUCUUUAGAAAUGGUAGUAAUUUUGUAUGAUAUUGGUUGUAAAAUAGAUCAUUUAAGUGCUUCGGGGAAGAGUGUUCUUCAUGCAGCAUGUCGAGGAGGCAAUGAGGAUAUCGUGGAAUUUUUCCUGAAUAGAGGAUGUGACGUUGACCAUGCUGACAAUCAGGAUGAAACUCCUUUAUUUAUGGCCUGUGAGGGAUCAAACUGUAAGAUUGUAGAUAUAUUGAUAAAACAUAACUGUGAUGUUCAUAAAAUCAAUUCUGUUGGCUGCAAUUCUUUACAAAAACCCAGUUUAAAUGGCCAUGCUGACAUAGUUUACAUUUUGGUGAAAAAUGGAAUUAAUAUCAACCAGACUGAUGAUUGGAACAACACACCACUGUUUUAUGCAUGUCUUCAUGGUAACAUAGAUGUAAUCAAUUUAUUAUUAGAGAAUAAAUGUGAAGUAAAUAUUCCAAAUAAAGAAGGUAACAUUGUUUUGCACAUUUCAUGCUGGUUAGGGCAUCUAGAAAUGACACAGUUAUUAUUACAAAAUCAGUCGAACGUCGAUCAACCUGAUAAAUUAAAACUAACACCUUUACAUCUGGCAGCCACAGCAGGAUACAACGAUAUAGUUGAAUUAUUGAUUGAAAAUGGUUGCGAUAUCAAUGCUUGCGACAUCAAUGGAAGAAAUGCUUUGCAUUAUGCGUGCAUGCAGAAGGUAGAACAUGGAAAUAUUAAUAUUUUACGUGAGUUCUCGCGAUAUCGUCGACAGGAACAUUAUCAUAAAGAGGUUGUUGUCCUCCUACUGCAAAAUAAAUGUGAUGCAAAUCAACAAGAUACCUUUGGUCAGAUGCCUUUGCAUAUAGCAUGCGAGACAUAUACAUCUCAUAGAUAUAUAAGAUGUAUGACAGAUAUCGUAAAACUGUUAAUUAAGAGUGGUUGUGACAUAAAUAAGUGUGAUAACUUGCACAGGUCACCAUUCCUCGUUGCCUGUGAACAGAACGGGUAUAAAUCUGAAGAGAUUGUGAAAACUCUGGUUGAAAAAAACUGUGAUGUUAAUAUCAAAGACAGCAAUGGACAAACUGGGCUUGAGAUUUGCAAUUCAAAGGGAUUUACUUGGAUGACUGAAAUUUUGCUCCAAAGUCAGAAUUCAAAACAAUAGGCUACAUAUGAAAAUGCUUAAAUUUAUGUCUUAGUUCAUGUUAGUUGUUAUAAAUUAAGAUAAAGUAAUCAGUACUGAAGGAAAUAAAAAAAAAUAAGAUUUUCCUUAUAAUUUUACAAAAGCUAUGUGAAAAAAGAAAAUGUCAUAUGUAUCUUAUAAGAAUCUAUUAAAUUGGCCAUAAGCAGAGUACAUUCUGUAAUUUUUAAGCCUCCAAUCUAAAUUAAUGGAAUUUGGGGACAAAAGUUAAAAAAACAUAUUGAAAGAUUGAAAAGGGACAAUCACAAUGAUGUGUCUUACAAUACACUCGAUUAUAACAAAACACAAAUCAGAGGAUAGACAACAGCGUGUUGAUAAAAUGGGACGAAAAAUUGCUUCAGAAUAUCAAAAAAUUAUAUGGGAAAUCAAAGAAUGAAAAACAUGAAAAAGGAGCUUCAUUGUUAUACAUACACCAGAAGUUACGGGUUCGACGACUUACAGAAAAGAGCGACGAUUUACAGAAAAGAACCGAAAAGGACCGAAAAGAACCAAAAAGAACCGAAAAGGACCGAAAAGAACCGAAAAGGAGAUCGAAAUGUUUUGUAAUCGAAGAAAAUUAGCAAAUUGCAAAAUUAUAUAAAGUCUAUUCUAAAUAAAAAGAUAUUCUUCACAAAAGUUUUUUAUUAGGAAACCUUAUACUGCGACAGGACUACAUAUUUUAACUUACUGUACAUGUGAAAAAUUAUAUAUGUAGGGUCCGAUGCCUAUCUUAUGGAAUAGAAAACAUAGAACAGACAAGAAAAUAAAAGAUAUCAAUUCAUUACUGUCAAACAAUCGUUCUAAGUGAAAUAUAUUUAUAAGCUGAGUGUCAUUAUUUUGUUCAAUCUUGGUCGCUAAUUCAUUUUCAACAUUACAAUACAUAUAUUAAUACGAAUAUUUCGUUCUUUUUUGUGUUUAUGUGUAUGUGUAUUACAUAUUCAAUGAAAACACAUUAAUUGUUACUUUGACGCGUUAAACAUGUCAAGGAUUUGAAUUUGUCAAGGAAAAGUCCCGUUAUCUUCAUGCACAAGUUUCUCUGUAGAUACAUCCAGGAUACAUGAAGCACCACAGGCCAACAUUUAUCACCA